UGCUUAGAUAGGCACCGCUGAAGCGCCCUAUUAAACAUCAACAUGGCCAGGCAAGAACUGCGACGCCUCUCUUCACACAAACCACCCUGAAACCUGGACAUGGACCUGAAUACAUGUUGAGCUUCUGAUUCCCGUCCCUUGAUACUCGCUUUUCAGAAAUUAGGAGGGUGUGUUUGCCCACCCACGAUGCAGCGAUACGUGCUGCCGAGAGCGUUGCGAGCCUCGGUCCCGAGGCCAUGCCCCCACCCCGGAGCCCAGCCCGCUUAUCGGCGCGGCUUUCACGGAUCUGCGUGGCGCAACUCCGAGGUUGUCGGGUCCGCCGCGAAGCAGGUCCCGGGUGAUGCGGAACAGACCCAGCCAGGUGUAGCGGCGGCGUCUCCGAGGCGCCAGCAGAGGAUCACCAUCUCCGACAUCCUGGAGCGGAGGCGGAAGGCGGGGAAGCUGGUGGCCCUGACGGCGGCGGCGUCCGACAGCGACAUGUUCAAGGUGUCCCCGCCGGGCGACAAGCCGCUGGCGCGCCGGUGGGACCACAUGCUGAGCCCGGAGAGCGCGAGCCGGGCGCCGUGCAAGCUGAAGCAGGCGGCGCGGCACCUCAAGAAUCCCGGGCUCAUCUCGCUGGGCGGCGGCCUGCCGUGCCCGGACAACUUCCCGAUCGAAUCCAUCUCGAUGCGGAUACCGACCGUCGCCGGCGGCUUCUCCGAGGCCGAGACGCGGGCGGCGGGCCAGGACGUGCGCGUCGGCAAGUACGACGUGCGGGACACGGCGGCGGACCCUGAGGGCGGGGCCGUGUACGACCUCAGCAUCGCGCUCAACUACGGGCAGGCCACGGGCUCGGCGCAGAUGCUGCGCUUCGUGACGGAGCACACGGAGCUCGUGUGCGCGCCGCCCUACGCCGACUGGCGCAGCUGCCUGACGGUGGGCAGCACGGGCGCGCUCGAGCAGGCCCUGCGCAUCUUCUGCGACGGCCGCGGCCGGUCCGACUCGGUGCUGACCGAGGAGUUCAGCUUCUCGACCGCCGUCGAGACGGCGCUGCCGCUGGGGCUCGGCGUCUUUGGCGUGCCCGUCGACGCCGAGGGCCUGCUGCCCGACGCCAUGGACGAGAUGCUACGCGGCUGGGACCCGGUGCGCAGGGGCGGCCGCAGGAAGCCGCACGUGCUCUACACGGUGCCCUCGGGCCAGAACCCGACGGGCGCCACGCAGGGCGAGGCGAGGCGGCGGGCCAUCUACGACGUUUGCCGCAGACACGACGUCUUCAUCCUGGAGGACGAGCCCUACUACUUUCUGCAGAUGCCGGCGUACCAGCGGGGUAGGGCGGCGGCGGCGGAGACCGCGCCCGAGUCGACUGACCAGUUCCUCGACGGGCUGAUCCCGACGCUGCUGAGCAUGGACGUGGACGGCCGGGUGCUCCGCAUGGACUCCUUCUCCAAGGUGGUGGUGCCGGGUUCGCGGCUCGGCUGGGUGACGGGGUCGGAGCAGGUCAUCGAGCGCUACAUCCGGCACGGCGAGACGUGCAACCAGGGGCCCAGCGGCAUCUCGCAGGUGCUGUUGCACAAGCUCCUCGACGAGAGCUGGGGCCACGAGGGCUACCUGCGCUGGCUGAUGCGCCUGCGCGCCGAGUACACGCGCCGCCGCGACGUCAUGAUGGCCGCGUGCGAGGACUUUUUGCCCCGCGAGGUCGUCAGCUGGACGCCGCCGCGGGCGGGCAUGUUUCACUGGCUAAAGGUGGAUCACACACGCCACCCAGACGCGGCAAGCCGCAGCAUCCUGAACCUGGAGGAGGACAUAUUCGGCAGGUGCAUCGACAGCGGCGUCCUCGUGGCCCCGGGGUCCUGGUUCAUAGCCGAGCACGGCUCGGAGCCGACCGGGCUCUACUUCCGGGCCACAUUUGCGGCCGCGACGCCCGAGAAUAUGACCGAGGCCAUCCGCAGAUUCGGGGAGGCUGUGCGGCAAAGCUUCAAGCUGAGCUAGGGACAAGGAGCAGCUCCUCGUCUCUGAUAGCUAGCGCCCUGAUCCUAAAAACUCUAAAUAACGCACAUCCGAACUCUACCUUCCCAGAAACCGU